UGGAGAAGCAGCGGCCGCUGGAGGGGCUGUGGGGCGUGGUGAACAACGCCGGCUGGACGACGGUGGGCCACGUGGAGUGGGUGCCCGUGGCCACGUGCCAGCGCAUGCAGGAGAUCAACGUGUGGGCGUUGUCAACGUCGCCUCUGCCCUCGGCCGACAGGGCGCCAUCAACAAGUCAGCAUAUUGCGUAUCCAAAUAUGGCGUGGAAGCAUUAUCUGACUGCUUGCGCUACGAAAUGAGACGGUUUGGUAUUCAUGUUGCAAUUAUAGAACCUGGAAACUUCGUUAACGCCACCAAGUGUUACACAGAGGCCUCCAUCCGACGCAUCGCUGCCGACCUGUGGGAGCACAUGUCAGAGGAAGUGCGCGAGGAGUACGGGAGGGCCUACUUCGACGCCGUCUUCCAGCGCAAGAUCGACUAUUCCACGCGCGGGAAGUUGGCAGCUCGGAACUGUCGUCAGCUGUCUCUCGCCACUCGUACUCGAUCGUACAACCACAACGAUCGUACAAGCCGGGACGGAAGGACGGGCAUUUUGUUCUGACGUCCAUGAUUCAUGAUUUCUGUAAAGUCGAAAGUCCGAAAUUCUGACGUGUACGUCGAGACAGCACCUCGAAGAAAGGGACACAGCUUUCGUGAGUCGUAAUCGAGCACUGUGAAAAUGAGCAUCCAGUGGACACUUAUUGCUGCGUUUCUUUAUGCCGAGAUUUUUCUCGUACUACUGCUCGUUUUACCAGUAGCCUCGCCCCAGCGAUGGCAGCGAAUUUUCAAAUCACGAUUUUUAAGCGCCUUGUCAAGUCAAGCACAGUACUAUUUUAUGAUUUUGAUUGCGGUACUGGUUCUGUUUUUUCUUGAUGCGAUCCGUGAGAUGCGCAAAUAUUCUAACCCAGAAGAGGGAACUCAUCAGCAUCUCGACGCCGAAAUGCAAGUUAACAUGCGGCUUUUCCGCGCUCAACGAAAUUUCUACAUCUCUGGAUUUGCAUUGUUCCUGUCAUUGGUGAUCCGUCGCUUGGUGACACUGAUUUCCACCCAGGCAACUCUGCUUGCGGAGAGUGAAGCCGCUUUGAAGCAGGCCCGAUCAGCCACUUCGACAGCUCGUAGCCUCAUAUCCCAGACGCAAAGUAGCGCGGCUCAAAACGACGCGAAUGAGGCCCACGACAAGCAGGUGAAGGCUUUGAAGGAGCAAGUUCAGGAACUGGAACGGACACUUAAUCGUGAACGAAAGGACAAGGAAGCUCUGAAGUCACAGGCUGAAUCCACCAAUGCAGAAUAUGAUCGCCUUGCUGAAGAGCACCGCAAGCUUCAGAACAAGCUUACUGCUGUUGGUGGUGGUGAUGGUGAGGACAAGAAAGAUGCCUGAGUUCAAAAAAGUAGAAAUUUCAGCUUUUUUGACACUUUAGUAGCUCACAUUGCUGCCCAACCUGAUCUUUUGAGCCUUGUGUGAUCAUUUUUGAGCUUGUAACAUCCAAUAUAUGUAUGUUAUCAAAAUUUUGCGAAACCCGCUGGAAUUAAAUUGUAUAAGAAUUUCUAACAACUGUAGAACAAUGGCUAAAAGAAUGAAAAAGUGAUGACCUUUGUAACUGGAAGCCACAAAAUGUACUUAAUUGGCUGCAUUUGUGUAAAUUUGAAAGUAUAUUUUUAAGUUUCCAUCAGUCUUGAUUUAAAAAUAUUUCCAAAUUGAAGGUUUAUUGAAUAUAGGAGUGUCUGGAACAAACAUGCUUGUCAACUUUCUUGCCAAUUGCUGGAACUCAUAAAAUUCCAUUAAAUGAAGUUUCUUUGAUAAGUUGAUUGAUUCAACAAAAGGCUGGUCAGUAUGCAUUUCUGCAUUGCGUGUGCGAUUGUGUGUAGUGCCAAGAGACGAGAUCACAGCCAGUGUGUUGUCUGCACAGAUUUUAAAAUGUGAAGAAUUAAGGGGUGUGACUUUAUUGUCUUAAUCAUUUGUUGAAUAUCCAAAACCUAAAACAUGUUGGAUAUUUCAAGUUUUAAUUUAGAUUGUAUGCUGAUCAGUUUUAUAUAUUCCUAUAUACAUUGUGUGUAAUCACUUAGGUGUUUUCUGUUGAGAAAAGAUUUUCUAUUCAACUUCAAUUUGCCUGUCUAUUAUUAAUGUAAUUAUAUUUAAUGUGGUGAUUGAAUUAAGUUUUACUAAAGUCAAAACUUUACCAUUCUCUUUGCUAGAUAGUACAUAACACUACUACAUAAUUAAGUCAAUUGCCAGUGUUGUUGCACUUGGAAUGUUCUGAGGCAGGUGAAGGAUGGACCCAGGGUAGAUCAAAGGUCCAAAGGGAAUUUAGAAAAUGUAUAACUGGGAGAGGGAUGUAUUCUCUAUGGGUUUACACAAAAAGCGUGAGCUGCAGAACAGUUAUUGGAAUGUUGUUACUUUAAAGAAUAUUGCCAACAUUUAAGUGUGUUGGCUUACACAGACAUAAGUAUCUGCAUAUAAGACUGUUUGAGAUGCCUGGAGAUGGCUUGCAUUCGUUGUGAAUGUAUUGUAUUUGAUUUUUCCUUAAAUAAAUUUGUAUUGAUAUUUAUGAUGUAUCUUACUUGUCUUACAAGUAUUUACUAUCGGAAUAUUAGUCAGUUUCUGCUGAGGAAAAUAUUCAGUUGGUACGUGCUGUGCAUGAAAUAAAUACUUCAAAUGAUUUAUAAGAGAACUAUCAAAAAAUAA